CUCGUGCAGGACAAACCGCAGUAUUUUUGGAGGGAAUGCACCCGCUCUUUCUCCUUCUACUUUCUCUCUCAAAUGUGCGCCACACCAAGCAUUAAUUCUCACUCUCCUUCCUCUCUCUAACAUGAGCCAAGCCGACCAUCAAAUUGCGCAACGUCUAUAAAUACCAACACAAUCCAUUUCAUUAUCUCUAAACUCCCGCCUUUCCAAUUUUUACGGUCGACGACCUCUGAGAGCUAGGGUUUACUCUGCGUAAUAUCCACUGUGUUCUAGGGUUGUUUCAGGGUUUUAGGUGUCAUUUUCUGAAAGAUAUGCCAGGUUGUAGCAUCAGGGCCAUUUGGAUCCUCAACAAUCUGGACAACGUUGUCUAUUCCAGACGAUUUCCAGUGGUUGAAAGGCGAUGGCGCUUGGCUUGUAAGAGUGAAGAUAAUAGCUUAGAAGAGGGAAAGUUUCAAUAUAGUGUCUUGUCAUUGCUGCCAAGUGAUGGGGAGAUAGCUGCUGCUUUUAUAGAGAGAAAGCAGAGGGAAGGUUCGGUUCGUGGUUAUGGUUUACGUGUUGGCCUAUCUUUAAAAGGAUCGGAUUCUUGGGUUGAUGAUCCAAUCACUCGCCACAUUAUUAGCCUUCACAUUAACAAAGAAGAGGAAGCAGAAAAUUAUUUGGUAUGGCCUGUUAUCUUGCACAUCAAAGGCCUAUACCGCAUUCUUAUCUUACCUUUUCUUGAACCUCGGUAUGUGAAAAUGUAUGAGAGAUUGUCCCAGAGACCUGACUGUGGAAGUUCAAGCGGAACGGUGGAAAAUGGAGUUCCUUCUGAAAAUCUAUCUUCCAAUCUACUUGAUCUUCCAUGCAUCACAGGGGCAUUUAUGGUGGCACAUGCACUGGGAGAUGUAAUGACUGGUGAUUUCUUAGAACCCGAGGUGGUUGUCAAUCCAUCACCUUCAGUUGGAGGCUUAUUGGAUUCUUUAACUGGAAGCAUUGGGAUAUCAAGCAUUUCGGCUAGGGCAAAGCCUGUAGCUGCACCUGUAGCUGCUGCCACGAUGGCUGGCAAUGCAGUGGUAGGUGCCGUAACAUCAGAUGCUCCAAAAAGCAGUUCGAGACCAAUUGAUAAAGACGCAUUGCGAACUUUUAUAAGCAGCUCAAUGCCCUUUGGGACACCAUUGGAUCUCAAUUUCUCCAAUAUAUCUGCCAUCAAGGCCAAUGGUUUUUCGGCUUCAGAUGUACCACCUUCAGAUCUUAAGCAGCCAGCUUGGAAGCCUUAUCUUUACAGAGGAAAGCAACGUAUACUUUUUACAAUUCAUGAAACUGUUUAUGCUGCAAUGUAUGAUCGGGAUGAAAUUCCAGAUACUAUAUCAGUUUCAGGUCAAAUAAAUUGUAGAGCUGAGUUGGAAGGUUUGCCGGAUAUAUCUUUCCCUUUGACUGGGUUGAACACAGCACGCAUUGAGGUUCUAUCAUUUCAUCCUUGUGCUCAGGUCCCUGAACAGGGUGUGGAUAAGCAAUCUCUAAUGUUUUCACCUCCACUAGGAAACUUUUUAUUAUUGCGUUAUCAGGCCUUUUGUGGCUUAGGUCCUCCUAUAAAAGGCUUCUACCAGCUCUCAAUGGUAUCUGAAGAUGAAGGGGCCUUUCUUUUCAAGCUAAAAUUAAUGGAGGGUUAUAGGUCUCCCCUAACUAUGGAGUUUUGUACAGUAACAAUGCCCUUUCCACGACGAAGAGUUGUUUCUUUUGAUGGAAAUCCAUCUAUAGGGACUGUAACUACCACAGAACACUCGAUUGAAUGGAAGAUAAUCACUAGUGGAAGAGGUGUGGCUGGGAAAAGCAUAGAGGCAACAUUUCCAGGAACUAUUAGGUUUGCAUCAAGACCUGCUCAAACAUUAUCUUCUAUUUCCAAGUCUAUUCAAGGUUCUGUAUUUGAUGAAGAUAGUGAUGUUGAAGUUGAAAGCUCGACUAAUAUGGUUAAUAUGGAAGAGUUUUUGAUGGAGAAAAUGAACAAGGACCUUCCUGCUGUUGAUCUUGAAGAGCCCUUUUGCUGGGAAGCAUAUAACUAUGCAAAAGUUUCUUUCAAGAUAUUAGGAGGAACUUUAUCAGGAAUGUCCAUUGAUCCAAAAUCAGUAAACAUUUAUCCCUCUGUUAAAGCACCAGUGGAGUUUUUCGCACAGGCUUCAUCUGGUGAUUACAUUUUGUGGAAUACAUUAGGCAAAUGCCCGCAUGCUGCAUCACCAAAAGUUUAACAGCUGUCCUUCCUGUAAUUUCUUCUUGGGUAAUAAUUUUCCUGCUUAUUUUUGCCGUUUCCUUUUUGCGUUAUUUUCCUAUUAUUUUGUCCUAUGGAUUAAAUUUUUUCCGUUCACUUUUUUUUUUGACCUUUUUUUUUUUUUAUAUCUUUUGUUUGAGUCCUGGUGCCUGGAAUAAGCAAUUAAUUCACCAUACUGGAGCCUUUUGUGAGCUGUAAUUUGAAGAUGUAAGUGCCUACUUAAUUUCUUUGUUGCCUA